AUGGCCGGUCCCGGCGGUGGUCCUCCUCGCCGCAGUCACACCAAGUCCCGCAAGGGCUGUGAGACUUGCAAGCGCCGCCACAUCAGAUGUGAUGAGAACUUUCCCCAGUGCCGCAACUGCACCAAGCACAAGAUCCGCUGCCCCUACAACGACAUGCCCAUCCCCGAGGACAGGUCGACGACACCCGACAAGCCCGACCUCAUGUGGACCCCCGAGGUCGAGGCAGCCAUCGAGCAGUGGCAGCGCACUGGCAUCUUCCCGUUUUCCAACCUCGGAAUCUACCCCGCGCCGAACCCUCAGUACUUCACGGUCGAAGACCUCAGGUUGAUCUACCACGUAGCUUCGAUCUGUGACGAGAUGGUCGGCCUCGAUGCCAACGGAUUCACCCUCUGGACUCGUCAGAUCCCAACUAUCAUCAAGAUCGGAGCAGUGCACGGAUAUGUCAUGAACGCACUCCUGGCUUUCUCGGCCAUGCACAUGGCCUUCCUCACCGACUGCCCCCUGGUUGGCAACAUGGCAUACGAGCACCGCGGCGCUGCCAUGAGCGGUCUGAAGGACGCUAUCGGGACUUUCAGCCGGGAAACGUCGGACGCCGUCUUGGCCGCCUCGCUGGUCCUCUCAUGGCAAGCUACGGAUUGGCGAAGCUGGACCCAGCUCAUGCAAGGAACCUCUUCAGUCAUCGAAGCCAUGGACCCCUGGAAGCACGAGUCCCAGUUCGGCGACUUCAUUGCCGAGAGCUGCACCUUCCCAACCGCGCCCGCCUCCCCCAGUCCGGACCACAAGCCGAGCCAGCCACGCAAGGAGGACCACGACGCCUUCACCAAGACCCUGGCACAGCUGCAGAAGGUCGAAGCCCACCUCAAGCACAACAAGGAGGACACCAAGUCGAUCCAGCAGUUGAUCAGCUUCCUCAAGGGCGCCAAGAAGGUCAACACGGGCCUGAACGUCUCCCAGCAGUUCGAGCGUCUCCGUCCCCUGCGCACUUGGCUCUUCUGGCUACCCGUCAUGUUGCUCAAGCAGACGGGCGGAUCGCCGAGCGCCCUCAUCAUCAUUGCUCACUACUACACGGUAGCAUUGGUGACGGAGCGUCUGUUCCCUGACAUUGGCGCCGCCUACUUCGGCAGCUUGUCCAUCGGCCCCGUUGAGGAGAUUGCUCGCCGCCUGCUGUCCAUCAACAUCUCCGGCCAGGUCGUCGGCGACGUGCAGACACCCCUCACCCUCAUGGAGUUCCCCAUCGACACGGUCAACGAGUUCCGCCAAAGAAUGGGCUUCACCUCGCCUGCUCGUACACCAUCAUUCCCGCAGUUCCACCCGCCCAACUUCUACAGCCGCGACAUCGUUGCUCCCCCUCCCGUGAGCGACGCGUACCUGCCCUACGCCAACCCGGCGUUCAGCUACAGUACCGAGUCACUGCAGAUGCUCAAUGCUGAGUCGGCACCGCCCAACAACCUGUCGCCCUUGGUGCUCUCUGCGCCCUUCAUGAACACCUCGCAGCAGUACCUCAGCAUUCCCAGCCCCAACUACGGCGCCUACAGCCCGGCGUCCUCGACCUUUGAGGGCUCCAUCGUGUACAGCGACACGGAAGACUACGGGCCGUACGAACACUACGACAUGAGCGGUUUGCCCGCGGUCAACAACCAACUAGGCGUCGGGAUGCCAACCACCCCGACGUACCCGCCGCCCGAGGACCCGCACCUCAUGGCAUCUUCGUUGCACACCGUGCCCCCCUCACCGUUCCUCAACCCUGAACAAUUCGGCAUGCUCCCGCUCCCCGAGUCGCCAGUCCCUCCUCCCAGCCUUCCCAUGUCACGCCACCGACACACUCCGUCGUCCUCCAUCACGGACUCGCCGCGGUCUGUCAGCGCGCCCUUUCCGCCCCGCAAUCAGUGGUUGGGAUCGACACCAAUUGUUGUCAAGUCCGAGAAGGGCAAAGAGCGUGAGCUGUAG